GAACUAUUGAACAUAACAAACAUAGUACUCAGAAGAGAAGAGUUAGAAAUAAUAACUAAAGAACCACUUAAAACAAAUCUUCAAGAACUAGAACAGAUAAGGAACAUACCAACCUACAAGAAUAAAAUAAAUUCUAUUCUAGAAGAAGCAAGAACCUUAGCUGCAGAAGAAAGAA